CGUGGGAUCCUCAGGCCUGGAAGGACAGGACACCAAAACCGCACUGAUUUCGUGAUUGUCCCUUUAAAACUGCUGCAACACUCCAGUCUUCUAGGAAAUCGAACUUAAAAAUGGUCUACUGCGGAAAGCCUUCGAAAGGAUGUGGUCAUUGCAGGAAGAAGAGAUUAAAGUGCGAUCGGAAGACACCCAGCUGCGGUCAAUGCCGGAAUGCAUCUCGAUCGUGCCCCGGCUAUCGCAACGAAGUUGACCUCAUGUUCCGAGACGAGAGCGAGCGCGUGCAACAAAAGUACGAGGUGACCACCCGCAGCAAACCCGGGGAUAGUCGUGGCUCCAGCUGCACCCCACAAAGCAGUGUCGGCGACUCAAUCUCGCGCUCGUCUUCCUCGUUGUCGGUCAGCCGCACGCCGGCCAAGCCUGACUACAAAGCCUUGGCUACUCUGCCUGGACAGGAGCAGACUAUGACUUCGACCAGUGAUCUCUGCCUAUUGUCCACCCAACCCACCCAGCCGCUUUCGGACUUCGCUACCAGUUUCUUCCUGGCACAAUACAUCCCAGGAAGUCACUUUGACUAUCUACCUUCUCUUUACAGCCAAAGCUCGGCUGACUCACUCCUAUUCAGCGCCAUCAAGGCGGUUGCAAUUGCUAGUCUCAGUCAUGAAACGCGCAAUCCCGACUUCAUGAUGCUUGCCCGAGAACAAUACUCGAUAAGUCUCAAAGACACCAAGCUCACGCUGGCAAGUCCUGAUGCCUCACCCAGAGACGACGUGCUCGCGGCGAUACUCCUCCUCGCUCAUUUCGAAGCACUUUCCAGUGCAGAUAUAGUCGAAGGCUACGGCAGGCCUCAUGCCAAUGCCGUAUCGACAUACUCACCGUCCCUGACGUGGACUCGUCACGUGGAAGGCGCGUUGGUCCUGUUCACCACCCGUCCUAGGCAUACAAGCAGCUCACCACUCAGUGGCCGGCUUAAUCAUCAUAUCACGAGUAUCAUCAGUGCUCUCUGUGUACAACAGCAUACCCGGAUACAUAACAGUGUCCUAAUGUUCGACUCAUCAGGUGGCUUCCCUGUCGAGCAGUAUACUGCCCGCAACCGCUUUUCAUUGCUCCUUGCAGCAUACGCUGAGCUCCGAGCAUCGAUACGGGAAGGUUCGCUGACCGAUCCGUCCGAAAUAAUCCGAUGGGCGAGCGCCGUCGAUGGCCAAAUCAUGUCGAUGUGGAAAGAGCUCGAUCUCCUGGCCUGGAAAUAUGACGUUGUCACCACCACUCGCGACAUCCGCGGUGUCUACAAGAACAAAUAUCAUAUCUAUCCAAACCACCGAAUUGCGCAGACGUGGAAUACUGUUCGCAUGACAAGGAUCAGUCUUUAUGAGAUCAUGCACCGUUAUGCGGCACAAGAGUCAGAGCUGAAAGCCCAGUGUGAGCGGUACUCACAGGCCAUCGAGUCAACAGCGGUCGAAAUCUGCCAGUCGUCCUCUCAGUUUCUCGUCCCACAGGGAGAGCUUCUCAGCCGGACGCAGUCCAGACCUUCUAUCGCAUCUGCCUAUUUCCUCAUUUGGCCGCUGUUCAACUCUGCUUGUAGCGUCAGCUUGUCAAGCCCUAUACGUCCAUUCGUGAUUGACCGAUUGGAUUUCAUCGACAAGGAGCUGAAGAUUCCACAGGCCAGGAAAGCGGCAUGCAUGUUAGAGCGAGGUGAUGACGAUGAAGACUGGAUGCACAUGAUGCAUCUGUUCUAGGUCGAUGUACUCAUGUGAUGACCAAAGAGUCACGAAGGCUGGAGAAGGCAAAUACUUGAAAAAGAUGGAUUUCCUCCAAAUCCAAUCUGCUCAAUCGAGCAAACACUAGAUUCAUUGCUUUGAGCGCACCGGAACAGAUAUUUAUUGUCGUUGCUGCAGAGUCCAUGGGAUCAUCGGAAUCUUGACCAAAUUUUGACCUUGAUGCUUUCUUAUGAGCGUUGCAGUCUCGAAUACCCCUUUUAGGCAACUCGAAUUGGAACGAGUUGGUCCGCGUUGCAUCUGUUGCGGUUUAUAAAUACAAUUCCCAUCUCCCCAAACUCAAUGUUA